AUGCAAGUCGCCGAAGUACUUUCAGACUUGACAUCACUCCAAGUGUGUGACCCGCAUGCCGCCCUGGAGCUGGUGUCUACGAGGCCCGAUGGAUACCAUGCAGGCACGAACCUCACAAAUGGCGAUCCACAGCCUGAUGACUCGGACCUACAGCGAGCCAAAGAUCUGGUUGGCUUGCACGCGAGUGUCAAAAUGGCCCACCGGGAUGGCACCGACACGGAGCUUGAAGCAGCUCGGAGAGACGUAGAGCGAGUACUGGAAGCACUGUAG